CUUUCUCCUCCGCCCAUCCGGUAGGUCAUAUGAUCGCUGGGUAAAACUCCGGUCCUGUGCCGCUGUCGCCCUGCUGCUGUUGCCGCCGCCGCCGCCGCCGCAGUCCUCAUGGAGCUGGUCCCCUGGCACUGGCCUGCCCUGCUGCUGCUGCUGAGACUGAGCCCCGGCAUUGCUCUAGUUCAGCCAGUAGAGCAAGGCAAGGAAGUCUGGGAUUAUGUGACGGUCCGGAGUAAUGCAUCCAUGUUCUGGUGGCUCUACUAUGCCAACAACUCCUGCAAAAACUUCACAGAAUUGCCUCUGAUCAUGUGGCUUCAGGGGGGUCCAGGAGGUUCUAGCACUGGAUUUGGAAAUUUUGAGGAAAUUGGUCCCCUCGAUGAUGAACUCAAACCAAGGAAAACUACUUGGUUACAAUCAGCCAGCCUUCUGUUUGUGGAUAACCCAGUGGGCACUGGAUAUAGCUUUGUAAAUCAGAGUGACGCAUAUGCCACAAAUCUUGACAUGGUGGCUUCUGACAUGCUGGUUCUCCUGCAAAAUUUUUUUGAUUCUCGGCCAGAAUUCAAGACUAUUCCAUUCUACAUUUUCUCAGAAUCCUAUGGAGGGAAGAUGGCUGCUGGGAUUUCCCUAGAGCUUUACAAGGCUAUCCAAAAAGGGAGUAUAAAAUGCAACUUUGCUGGUGUUACCCUGGGUGAUUCCUGGAUAUCUCCUGUAGAUUCUGUGCUUUCCUGGGGACCUUAUUUAUAUAGCAUGUCUCUCCUAGAUGACAGAAGUUUAACAGAGUUGACAAAAAUUGGAGAGAAACUUCUAGAUGCUAUGAAUAUGGGACUAUAUGAAUGGGCUACUCAGCUGUGGGCAGAUGCAGAAACACUUGUGGAACAGGACACAGAUGGAGUGAACUUUUACAACAUUUUAAAUAAAAAUCCCCCUGAGUUGGCAAAGAAGAUGAGCCAAGAAUUCACCCAGCAUCAUCUAGUUCGACUUGAUCAUCGCCAUGUGAGACAGCUACACAAAGAUAAAUUAAGUGCACUCAUGAAUGGACCCAUCAAAAAGAAGCUCGGAAUCAUUCCAGAUUCUGUCACAUGGGGAGAACAGGCAAGUUUAGUUUUCAAGAACAUGCAGAAAGACUUCAUGAAGCCUGUGAUUAACAUUGUAGAUGAACUGCUGGAAGCUGGGAUCAACGUCACAAUUUGCAACGGGCAAUUAGAUCUCAUAGUGGACACCAUGGGUCAGGAAGCAUGGUUGCGUAAACUGAAGUGGCCUGAGCUUACUACUUUCAGUCAGAUGAAAAGGAAGCCUCUGUAUGUUAAUCCUGAGUCUUAUGAUACAUCUGCUUUCUAUAAGUCACACAAGAAUCUCGCUUUCUACUGGAUCCUCAAGGCUGGCCACAUGAUUCCAUCAGACCAGGGGGAAAUGGCCCUGAAAAUGAUGAGGAUGGUGACAGGACAAGAAAUGAAUUGAGAUGGAAGUCAGCUAGCCUAGCCUCAGUAGCUCGGCACAGUGACAAAGGCACCUUGCUGAGUUGGGCAACAGAAUAACCACUGAGGUGCAAGAGGCCUUUCUUUUAGACAUCAAAAAAUGAACUCUUUAUUAUGAUCUGUGGAGCUUUGAAUCAAUGGACAAUUCUUCCUAAAUUGAGGAUUUUGCUGUGACUGAAAGCGUGCAUUUAGGGUUAGGGUCUUCCUAAAAUGCCCUAUGGUUUAGGUUUGGGUUUGGGGUUUUUUCUUUUAUUUCUUAGGGAUUUGGGGGGGAGCAGUUAGCCUUUGUGGGGAUUACAAGAUGCCUAUUUUUUAUGGACCUAUUUUUGUCAAGAUGAAGUUUCAGUUGUUUUUGUACUUCUUUAAUGUAGCCAAUCCUGAAAUUAUUUUUGGAUUUGAUAUCUUUAAUUAGUUAAAAGAAUCCAAAAUUCUUCCAUUCCAUCAACAGUCAUCAUUUCAGUACUGAAAUCCACCCCCCAGACUUUUGUUUAAAUAUUUAAAAUCAGCUGAUACUGAUUGCCUGCAGACACAGACUUCCAAUCCAACAAGCAUUUACUAAGCGCCUACUAUGUACUUUGUACUAUGUACAAAGCAUUUUCUGAUACUAACAAAUUUUCUAUGAGGACCUGAAGAAGGAGACCAGGCUCUUAAUUUCCUCCUGUCUGUUGAAGAAAGUUUUAAUUCUGACAUCACUGAACCAUCACCAGCCUCGGAUUCAGCCUCUCCUGCUACCUCCUUGCUGCUUGUCCUCUGACUAGUCUGCCAUGACAGCACUCAUUAUUAGAAUCUGCCCGUAACCCCCAUCCGAUCUCUCUUUGUGCCUUGACCGUUAAAAAUAAAAAUGAAAUGAGGAUUUCAC